AUGCCAUCGCCCACCGUUGCUGGCGUCAAGCGCUCCUAUGCGAGAAUGGCACUCGCUCAGGAUGGUCAACCCCAAGGGUCUACACCACCAUCUGACCGGCGCGCUUCCCCCGGUCUCUUCCCUGUGAAGGAUAUAAACUCCGCUUCCUCGUCUACAACCCGUGCGCCGCCGCUAUCUUCGACCGGGCCUGCGGUCGCCCGCCAUUCGCCCGCGUAUCGAUCUCCACCACGCAAGUUGUCUGGUUCCGUAGCUGUCACCUACGAUGUAGAGACAUCCAUCAUCAUUGCUGGCAUCCGCGGCGCGGGUAAGACAACGCUCGCCGUAAUUGCCUCUUCUGCCAUGGAUCGCAACGUGGUUGACCUCGAGAUGGUUUUCCGGGAAGUUACUGGCUCUUCUAGUCCGGCGUAUAAAAAGUUGCACGGUUCUGCAGCUUGUCAGGCCCGAGAAGUUGAUGUUUUGCAUGAUGUUCUGGAACGGCACCGAAAACAUGCGAUCAUCGUUUGCUCCUGGAUCGAGAAGGAGAUCCAGUCAGCCCUGGAGCAAUUACAAACUACCGUCCCAAUCAUAUACAUCCUCCGCGACCCUAAAGCCAUCCAAACUCACCUGGGGAUCGAGAGCAUCCAGAAAACUCGCAAUAUUCUCGGCGCAACCAGCACUUUCUUCCGGAAUUGCACGCGCUAUGAGUUUUUUAACGUCUCGGAGGACAGCAGCCUGCCUGACGAAUUCGCAACUUCGCGCCUCUCGUCCACAACGGCCGACCCCGAUCGGCCAACCGCGCCGUAUCUAACACUCAAGCGAGCGGAGAGGCAUUUCCUCAAAUUUCUAUCCCUGGUGCUACCGAGCGGCUCUAUUCCUUUUAUCGAGUCGGCGUUCCCAUUAUCCUCGAUUCCUAUCGAAACCAGACACUUCACCUACGCCAUCUCCGUCCCGCUCUCGUCAUUCAUCCGGGGCGACCUAGACAUUCAAGAUUUAGAAACGGGCGCCGACGCUAUAGAAAUUGUCAUCGACGACCUCGUUACCGACCACACCGACUACGUAUGUUCAUCUGGCAUCUCCGCCCACCGAGCAGGUGAAAUCAGCCGCGUUGUGGCUCAGUUUAGGCGAGAUGCCAUCAUUCCACUCUUCUUGCAUGUGGCGUUCCCCGAAGCAGCAUUGUCGGAUGAAUAUUGGCAAUCAGUUUACAUGUCAUACGUCCAACACGGCUUAAGGCUAGCUCCAGAGUACAUUUCCCUCGACCUAAGACUUGGAACUUCACUGUUGAACGAUAUCAUCGACUGCAAAGGGAGUUGCAAAGUUGUGGGCAAUAUCCAGUUGGGAGACCCAGACCCGCCAGCAUGGGACGACGCUUUUUGGGUUUCCUACUACGAAAAGGCUCAGAGCGGUGGCUGUGAUCUCGUAAGAUUUACGAGAAACGCAGUGACUGCUACCGAGAAUUUGGACGUCCGUCUUGUCCACCGUAACGUCGAAUCCGCCCCUGGCCCCAAGCUUCCCCUUAUUGCUUUCAACACUGGAAUCUUGGGACGAACGUCAGCGUGUUUCAACCGGAUACUUACUUCGGUCAUGCCAGAAGGGUUGCGAAAUAAGCCCUGGGGGCUCUCGCCUUCGGCAUCACUCUACCCAUCGCUUACGGCCCGGGAGGCAACGCAAGCUUUGUACUCGGCGUUUUACUACCGCCCCUUGAGAUUGUACGUGUUUGGGGCAAACGUAAGCUACAGCUUGUCUCCAGCCAUGCACAAUGCCGCCCUCAAAGCGUGCGGCAUUCCACACCAGUACGAGCCACAUUCAACGAGCACCAUCGCCAGUUUAAAGGAACUUCUCAAUGAUCCCUGUUUUGCCGGUGCCUCGGUGGGCUUACCUUUCAAGGUCGAAAUUAUCAGUUUAACCCAUUCACUGAGCCGGCAUGCCCGGGCCAUCGGUGCGGUCAACACUCUGAUCCCUGUGCGGGACAUCAAUGCGGACGGCAGCAUCCCCAACGAUGCCCUACUAUCCAAUGGGAGGAACAUCGCGGGUCCGGUGAAGGCUCUUUACGGGGAGAAUACGGAUUGGAUCGGUAUCCGAGCAUGUAUCCGCCGUGGCCUUUCGCCGGCCAAUGCGGUACGUCCCAGUAGCUGCGGUCUCGUCGUCGGUGCCGGCGGGAUGGCCAGGGCAGCUGUGUAUGCCAUGCUGCAGCUCGGAGUCAAAGAUAUUCUCAUUUUCAACCGGACAUCGGCCAACGCUGCGAAGCUUGUCUCCCACUUUGAGACGCUGCUAACGCGGAAUGGGCUUCCGUUGUUCAGUACGAGCCCAGCGGCCAAAGAGGCAAUGGUGACAAGGUUUCAUAUCAUUCGGUCGCGGGAUGACCCUUGGCCUGAAGGUUACAAACGUCCCACCAUGAUUGUCUCGUGCAUACCAACACAUGGCAUUGGCGGCAACCGAUCACCAGAUUUUACGGUACCUCCACAAUGGCUUGAAAGCCCAACAGGCGGCGUUGUCUUGGAGCUGGAGUACAAGACCUUGAACAGCCCCCUCAUGGAACAGGUCCGGAAGGAGGCACAUCGUGGGUGGGUAGCAAUGGAUGGGCUCGAUUUGCUUCCAGAGCAAGGCUUUGCCCAGUUUGAGCUCUUCACGGGCCGCCGAGCACCCCGUCGGCUCAUGAGGCGAGAGGUCUUCAAGGCGUACCCUGAUGCUGGUAGUCUGAAUCUGGCACGGUUGGAGCCUCGACUAAACAGCAUUUCUACGGAAGAAUCUUGA